AACUGCUCUAAAAAAUAGUCCAUGAAAAAAUACACACUACAAACAGCAACUCUUUCUGGUAGGCUUGUAUUUAAAAUAAGGCUUUUUCUCCCUUUUGGAAAAACACAGUCCUUGUUUGCUUUAGGGAAGAGUAAAGGUCAGUGCGCUGCAUUCCAUUAAUUUCGAAGGGAAAGAUGAGAAGACAUCUUGAAAGGAAUGCCUGGCUUUCUAGAGAAUAGUAGAGGCUUAACAGGUGUCAUAGAAAAACCAGGGUUGGACAGUGGUAGUAAAACGGCAAAACAGAUUUUAUUCAGAAAAACUACUGCAGUAAGAGGAGAGAGACUUCGGUACAGAACUGCUCCACUCCGAAUACAAAGAAAAGUAGGAAUUGAUGGCGGGGGAGCCGGAUGUCAGUGGAUGGAAAAUUAUUACGAGGAAACACAGGGGUGUGCAUUCUUGCUGAAGGCAGGCCAGAGUUAUCAGACAUCACCUGAGGGAUGGAGGGGGAUGUGGGACCUGAUCGGGUGUCCAGGGUGAUCAGAUAUUGAAGUUGGGGGAUUCUGGUCAAAUCAAUUUAGCAGGAUUCUUGGUAAAAUUGGGCGAUGCAAAGACAGAUGCGUUGAAUACAAAGUCCAGGCCUUGUUGGGAAGAGGAUUUCAGCGGAGCCCGAGUAGAGUUUGGUCUAGGGAGACUCUGUCACUGGGAGGACGAGCGAGCCGCUCGGAAGUGCGCUGGGUUCCCUUAGCGGCCAGUGGGUUCUGGUGAGAAGGGCAACAGCGGAAGGAGGCGCCGGUGCGGAGCGGGAGGCCGGGGGCGGGGCUGCGGGGCGGGCCCGUUGUGGGUCGGCCCAGCGCGUAUUCGAGUACAGGGCGAGCCCGUCCCGCCCCUCGUCGGGCGCUUCCCAGAUCUGCUUGAGUCUAUGGAGGAAAAACUCCGCGGGGUCCGCGAUUCCCAUGGCCGCAGCCGCCUGCGGCACCAAGGCCAUGGCCCUCUUCAAGCGCACCUUGGUGCUGAGUCCCGCCGCGGCGCCCAGGGGCCCGGGCGCAGGCACCGCCCCGCGGGGCUGCUGCUUGCCUCCUGUCGCCUGGCCCUGCAAGGACUGGCCUCGGGGAGAGGGCGGCAGGCUGUGGAGCCGCCUGCCCCAGUCCCACUCCCACUCCUGCUCCUCGACGUCUCCCACCGCCGUGUGUGUUGUCUACCCGCAGGACUCGCUCAGCAGCAGCCUGAAAACUUGCUACAAGUAUCUCAAUCAGACCAGUCGCAGUUUCGCAGCUGUUAUCCAGGCGCUGGAUGGGGAAAUGCGCAACGCAGUUUGCAUAUUUUAUCUGGUUCUCCGAGCUCUGGACACACUGGAAGAUGACAUGACCAUCAGUGUGGAAAAGAAGGUCCCACUGUUACACAACUUUCACUCUUUCCUUUACCAACCAGACUGGCGGUUCAUGGAGAGCAAGGAGAAGGAUCGCCAGGUGCUGGAGGACUUCCCAACGAUCUCCCUUGAGUUUAGAAAUCUGGCUGAGAAAUACCAAACAGUGAUUGCCGACAUUUGCCGGAGAAUGGGCAUUGGGAUGGCAGAGUUUUUGGAUAAGCAUGUGACCUCUGAACAGGAAUGGGACAAGUACUGCCACUAUGUUGCUGGGCUGGUCGGAAUUGGCCUUUCUCGUCUCUUCUCAGCCUCAGAGUUUGAAGACCCCUUAGUUGGUGAAGAUACAGAACGUGCCAACUCUAUGGGCCUGUUUCUGCAGAAAACAAACAUCAUUCGUGACUAUCUGGAAGACCAGCAAGGAGGAAGAGAGUUCUGGCCUCAAGAGGUUUGGAGCAGGUAUGUUAAGAAGUUAGGGGAUUUUGCUAAGCCGGAGAAUAUUGACUUGGCCGUGCAGUGCCUGAAUGAACUUAUAACCAAUGCACUGCAGCACAUCCCAGAUGUCAUCACCUACCUUUCGAGACUCAGAAACCAGAGUGUGUUUAACUUCUGUGCUAUUCCACAGGUGAUGGCCAUUGCCACUUUGGCUGCCUGUUAUAAUAACCAGCAGGUGUUCAAAGGGGCAGUGAAGAUUCGGAAAGGGCAAGCAGUGACCCUGAUGAUGGAUGCCACCAAUAUGCCAGCUGUCAAAGCCAUCAUAUAUCAGUAUAUGGAAGAGAUUUAUCAUAGAAUCCCUGACUCAGACCCAUCUUCUAGCAAAACAAGGCAGAUCAUCUCCACCAUCCGGACGCAGAAUCUUCCCAACUGUCAGUUGAUUUCCCGAAGCCACUACUCCCCCAUCUACCUGUCGUUUGUCAUGCUCUUGGCUGCCCUGAGCUGGCAGUACCUGACCACUCUCUCCCAGGUAACAGAAGACUAUGUUCAGACUGGAGAACACUGAUCCCAAAUUUGUCCAUAGCUGAAGUCCACUAUAAAGUGGAUUUACUUUUUUUCUUUAAGGAUGGAUGUUGUCUUCUCUUUAUUUUUUUCCUCCUACUUUAAUAAAGAACGCUGUGUGGCUGGGACCUUUAGGAAAGUGAAAUGCAGGUGAGAAGAACCUAAACAUAAAAGGAAAGGGUGCCUCAUCCCAGCAACCUGUCCUUGUGGGUGGUGAUCACUGUGCUGCUUGUGGCUCAUGGCAGAGCAUUCAGUGCCACGGUUUAGGUGAAGUGGCUGCAUAUGUGACUGUCAUGAGAUCCUACUUAGUAUGAUCCUGGCUAGAAUGAUAAUUAAAAGUAUUUAAUUUGAAGCACCAUUUGAAUGUUCGUAAUAGUAGAAAAUGAUGUGAAUUUUCUUUCUGUUCGGCUCCUAUUUUUCUCAUCAUUUUGUUUUCUUUAAUUGGGUUGAAUGGAGUAGAUAGAAAUAUUUAUGGUUUAGGUAACAGUUAGAUGUUUCCUAAAAAUGCAAACUGCCUUUUCCACACAAAGGCUGGGAAUAAAAUUCUGGGUAUUCUCGUAUUCUCAUUUAAAGGAGUUUAGCUUUCAGAGACAAACAGCAGGAUUGCCUUUGACCUUUUAGAAGAUUGGCCACCAGUAAAGGUGGACAUUUUUGAGAUUUUUAUAAUAAAGGAUUUAAUUGCUCUGCA